AUGGAGUCUGUGGUGCAUCAGGCAACAAAACAUUGGGAAAAUGGACCCAGUGGUCCUACAGCCCAUGAAUGGCCCAGUGGUCCUACAGCCCAUGAAGGGCCCAGUGGUACUACAGCACAUGAAGGGCCCAGUGGUCCUACAGUCCAUGAAGGGCCCAGUGGUACUACAGCACAUGAAGGGCCCAGUGGUCCUACAGUCCAUGAAGGGCCCAGUGGUCCUACAGCCCAUGAAGGGCCCAGUGGUCCUACAGCCCACGAAGGGCCCAGUGGUCUUACAGCCCAUGAAGGGCCCAGUGGUCCUACAGUCCAUGAAGGGCCCAGUGGUCCUACAGUCCAUGAAGGGCCCAGUGGUCUUACAGCCCACGAAGGGCCCAGUGGUCCUACAGUCCAUGAAGGGCCCAGUGGUCCUACAGCCCAUGAAGGGCUCAGGACUGCUUCAACACAUUCUUUCAUUCAGAUCUCUCUUGAGCUUUUCGAAUCCUUGCCCGAACUGAUGUAG